ACUGAUCCUAAAUAAAAAUAGACCUGAAUGAUGGUUGUCAGAAUGUUUGUUAGUAGCAGAAGAGUAAAAAUAUGGCAGCUUGUUAAUUUAUUUGCCAUUAGUUCUAUACUAACCUUCAUGUUUUAUUGGGGAACGACUGAUAAUCUCGUUGUGAGCCAUAUGAAGUCCUACUCGUACAGAUACCUCAUCAACAGCUAUGACUUCGUGAACGAUAGCCUGUCUCUUAAGCACAGCAUGGAUGGGGCUACUCGCUAUCAAUACUUGAUCAACCACAAGGAGAAGUGUCAAGCACAAGAUGUUCUCCUUUUACUGUUUAUAAAGACUGCUCCUGAAAACUACGACCGACGUUCUGCAAUUAGAAAAACGUGGGGCAAUGAGGAGUAUGUUCGGUCUCAACUUAAUGCCAACAUCAAAACUCUGUUUGCCUUAGGGACACCUUUUAACCCACUGACCAGAGAAGAACUGCAAAGAAACCUGGUGUGGGAAGAUCAAACGUACAAUGAUAUAAUUCAGCAAGACUUUGUGGAUUCUUUCUACAAUCUUACUCUUAAAUUACUUCUGCAGUUCAGUUGGGCAAAUAGCUUUUGUCCACAUGCCAAAUUCCUUAUGACUGCUGAUGAUGACAUAUUUAUUCACAUGCCAAAUCUUAUUGAAUACCUUCAAAGUUUAGCACAAAUUGGUGUUCAAGACUUUUGGAUUGGUCGUGUUCAUCUCGGUGCCCCUCCCGUUAGAGACAAAAGCAGCAAAUACUAUGUCUCCUAUGAAAUGUACCAGUGGCCAGCUUACCCUGACUAUACCGCUGGAGCUGCCUAUGUGAUCUCCAAUGAUGUAGCUGCCAAAGUCUAUGAGGCAUCACAGACGAUUAACUCUAGUCUUUACAUAGACGAUGUGUUCAUGGGCCUCUGUGCCAAUAAAAUGGGGAUAGUACCACAAUACCAUGUGUUUUUCUCUGGGGAAGGUAAAACUCCUUAUCAUCCCUGCAUCUACGAUAAAAUGAUGACAUCUCAUGGACAUGUACAAGACCUUCAGGACCUUUGGAAGGCUGCCACAGACCCGAAAGUAAAAACGAUUUCAAAAGGUUUUUUUGGUCAAAUAUACUGCAGGAUAAUUAAGAUAGUCCUCCUUUGCAGAUUGACCUAUAUGGACACAUAUCCUUGUAGGGCUGCCUUUCUCUAAUAGUACUUGAAUGUUGUCUGUUUUCACUGUCACUGAGCCAAACCUGGACAAAAAACCUUUGUUUGUCUAUAUCCUAAGUGAAAUGAUUAUGAAAAACAAAUAUUUUGAAAGCCCAGUCUAUCAGAAUGUUUCUCUGAUUCUAGAAGCUAUUCAAUGUGACUUAUCUACUUCAUUGCCUAAAUUCAUUUCAAGGAAUUUAUAUUUUAGAAAAGGUUUAUGAAAACAAAACUAAAGGGAAAUUUAAGUUCUCACUUAAUGCCACAUGUAUAUUUGAGGAGUAGAGAUGUUAUUAAGGUGCCUUGGUGUCAGAAUAACUGCUUUUGGAGAAUACCAAGUGAAUGUAUAGUACAACAUUUCAAAGAAAUGAAUAUAUUGUUCAUUGUUCACCAGGUAUACAAGUGUAUAUUUAAGAGCCUUUGACAGAAGUGGUGGGAGCAGGGGAGGAUUGGCAUAGAAGAAAGUACAUGAAUUUGGUAAAAGAAAGUCUCCUUCAGAGGAGAUUUAGGACGAUGUACACAAUUUCUUUAUAAACAGCCAAAUCACUUAUUGUCACAUCCAUGUAGCUAUUUUCCCUAGAUAGUGUUGGAGUCAUUUACAAUACAUUUAUAUCUUUUUUUUAAAGUUUAAUGUGAAAUUUGAGAAGUCAUUAGCUCUGCCUUAAGUGGUACUUAAAUGGGUUUGUUUUGAUUAUUAGGAAAUGACACAAAACAUGGGCAGUUAGUUACCCAUAGGGUCCUCCUCCAGGGAAAAAUCAUUGUUAAUUCAAAUAAGCUGAUUUUAAUUUAAGGAGUUUUUCAACUGGUUUUUAAAUAUUCAAUAUCAGUCUGUUUUUAAGGUAGUUAUUUGAAUGUAGUUUGCACAGAGGACUAGAAUAAUGGAGAAGAAUUCAAAAGAAAAGAUAGAACAUUAAAAGCCUCUUUCUCC